CGCUGUAUAGACAGCUAACACCGGGGUCCUUCAUAGUGUCACAUGUGCUCAGCGCUGCCUGUAUCUGACUGACAUAGGGGGGAUAGUCCCUGCCUUUGGGGUGUCCCUUCCUUCAGUCAUGGGGGAUGAUAAUCUGAUUCUAAAUAUCACUCAGUCUCCUGCCCCCAAUUCCUUCCAGAGGGGCAACAGCAAGUUCAACAAGCCCCACAAGCACACAGGGAGAUGGGCAAAAUCUAAAUCUGUUAAGAGAAAAUCUCAAGACGCCAGUGAUGAGCCCUCCCCAAAGCGCCCGGUCCCACCGACUAGCCAGAAACGGCUACGAAAUGCCCCUGAUGAAAAGCCCUAUAAGAAGCAAGAAGUCCCUGCCGGGAAGGUCCUUGAUGGAAAGAAGGAGGAGAAUCCAAAAGGACGACCUGCUGUGAAGACCUCUUCCCUCUUCAAGAACAACCCUGAGGUUCCGGAUAUUGACAGACCUGCAGUAAAGCAGUUAAAAGAAAAGGUGUUUUCUGCCGACUCUUUCUCUGAUCUGGGCCUUCAUCCUCACCUGGUUUCAACAAUUAACACAGUUAUGAAUAUGACAAAUACGACAAGUGUUCAGAAACAGACCAUCCCCGCCCUCCUUGCAGGCCGAGAUGUCCUGGUACGAUCACAGACAGGUUCUGGAAAGACAAUGGCCUAUGGAGUUCCGCUUGUUCAGUCGCUCCAAGGGGUGACUCCCAAGAUCCAGCGCAGUGAUGGUCCAUAUGCCCUCGUUUUAGUGCCCACUAGAGAGCUUGCUCUGCAGAGUUUCUCCACUAUCCAGAAGCUACUCAAGCCUUUCACCUGGAUUGUUCCGGGAGUUCUGAUGGGAGGAGAGAAAAGGAAGUCGGAAAAGGCCAGGCUCCGUAAGGGAAUAAACAUUCUCAUUUCCACACCGGGCAGGCUGCUCGACCACAUCCGGUCCACCAAAAGUAUUCACUUUACCCGGGCUCGCUGGCUGGUUGUGGAUGAAGCCGAUAGGAUUCUGGAUAUGGGCUUUGAAAAAGAUGUCACGGCCAUAUUGAAUGCAUUGAACAGCCAGUGCCAGCACAGACAGAACGUCCUGCUCUCAGCCACCCUCAGCCCAGGAGUCGCCCGACUGGCGGAUAUCAGCUUGAAUGAUCCCGUCAGUGUGACCAUUGCUGAGGAUACUAACAGGGAAGACAAGCAUGGUGGGAAACCUAAGGAGGACAAGAAAGAUGGAGACUCUUCCUGCUUUGCUAUGCCAGAGAAGCUCCACCAGCACGCAGUGGUGGCUCCCAGCAAGCUUAAGCUGGUUACACUGGCUGCCUUUAUACUGGGGAAAUGGAAGUGUGCCAAGAAACCGAAGAUGAUUGUGUUCUUUCCAAGCUGUGAAUUGGUGGAAUUCUACCACAGUCUGCUCAGCAAAGUCCUCACUAUGGGAGACUCAGCAAUGGGCCCCGACGACUUCCUGCGCCUUCAUGGCAACAUGGAGCAAGAGGAAAGGACAGAGGUUUUCCAACAAUUCACCCACUGCCAGGCUGGCAUACUCCUGUGUACGGAUGUAGCAGCCAGAGGUUUGGACCUUCCUCAGGUCACAUGGAUAGUGCAGUUCAGCGCUCCGGCCUCAGCAGCAGAAUACAUUCACCGCGUGGGACGCACGGCAAGGUUGGGCGCUCAGGGGAGCAGCCUGCUGAUUCUCAUACCAUCUGAGGCCGCAUACCUACAAACCCUGGCAGAGCAUAAGAUCAGUGUCUCAGAAAUGAAGAUGGAGGAUAUUUUAUCUAACCUUCUAAUGGAAGAUUUCCUGAAAAUCAGGCGUGCUGGAGGCAAGAAAUCGGAAGCUGCCGACCCCCAGACGGUGAGGGAACGAGCUACUGUCUUGCAGACUAAGUUCGAGGAUUAUGUUCAUGCCAGCGCAGAUACGGCCCUGCGGGCAAAGAAAGCGCUGCAGUCUUACAUCCGCUCCUAUGCCACCUACCCCAAGAACCUCAAACACAUCUUCCACAUCCGUUCCUUGCACCUGGGCCACGUGGCAAAGAGUUUCGGCUUGCGAGACGCCCCGCACAGCCUCAGCCGACAGUUAGCAGGGAGCCCCAGUAAGCAAAGCAAAGGCAAACCGAAGAGGGCUGAUACGCACAAGAAGAGAUCCAAGCAGCGCUUUUCCGACUUGCUGCGCUCCGAGUACGCCAGUGGCUUGGCUCCUAAGCCCAAGAAAGCCACCAAGCCGGGGACUGAGGGGUCCCAGACGUGAAACCGCCCCACGAGAGACAUGUGGAAUACAGACGGUGAUGGGGGUAUAACAACACAAACACAGAAUAUUCUACGACGAACCCAUCAUAACUGCAGGAGCAACACCUUGGGUGCCAUAGCUAUAGCCUUUGUGCUGCCAGCACCUACCCCAGGUCACGCACGGGUGCAGUAAUAAUGAGAGGAUGUGCUGGAGGUGCCAUGCUGCUUGCCGUAGCUGAGAGCCUCUCUGUUGUUCUAUAGAGAGCAUCUCAGCCAAUAUGGCAGCUCCUACCCCCAUGUAUAAAUGCAAAGGCUGCCGUAGUUCUGUUAAUAGAAAUAAAAGGUAGAUAUAACUCA